UUUAUUUUUUGGGGGGAGGCGCGGGACCAGCUGCGCGCCGGCACCAUGUUCCUGGCGACCCUGUACUUCGCGCUCCCGCUCUUGGAUCUGCUCCUGUCGGCGGAGGUGAGCGGCGGGGACCGCCUGGACUGCGUGAAAGCCAGCGAUCAGUGCCUGAAGGAGCAGAGCUGCAGCACCAAGUACCGCACGCUGAGGCAGUGCGUGGCGGGCAAGGAGACCAACUUCAGCCUGGCGUCCGGCCUCGAAGCCAAGGAUGAGUGCCGCAGCGCCAUGGAGGCCCUGAAGCAGAAGUCGCUCUACAACUGUCGGUGCAAGCGAGGCAUGAAGAAGGAGAAGAACUGUCUGCGCAUCUACUGGAGCAUGUACCAGAGCCUGCAGGGAAAUGAUUUGCUUGAAGAUUCCCCAUAUGAGCCAGUUAACAGCAGAUUGUCCGAUAUAUUCCGGGUGGUCCCAUUCAUAUCAGAUGUUUUCCAACAAGUGGAGCAUAUUCCCAAAGGGAACAACUGCCUGGAUGCGGCCAAGGCCUGCAACCUGGAUGACACCUGCAAGAAGUACAGAUCUGCAUACAUCACCCCCUGCACCACCAGCAUGUCCAACGAAGUCUGCAACCGCCGCAAAUGUCACAAGGCCCUGCGGCAGUUCUUUGACAAGGUCCCGGCUAAGCACAGCUAUGGAAUGCUCUUCUGCUCCUGCCGGGACAUAGCCUGCACUGAGCGGCGACGCCAGACCAUCGUGCCCGUGUGCUCCUAUGAAGAGCGGGAGAAGCCCAACUGCUUGAAUUUGCAGGACUCCUGCAAGACAAAUUACAUCUGCAGAUCUCGCCUAGCAGAUUUUUUUACCAACUGUCAGCCGGAGUCAAGGUCUGUCAGCAGCUGUCUAAAGGAGAACUAUGCAGACUGCCUCCUUGCCUACUCGGGGCUGAUUGGCACAGUGAUGACCCCCAACUACAUAGACUCCAGCAGCCUGAGUGUGGCCCCGUGGUGUGACUGCAGCAACAGUGGGAAUGAGCUGGAAGAGUGUUUGAAAUUCCUGAACUUCUUCAAGGCCAACACAUGUCUUAAAAAUGCAAUUCAAGCCUUUGGCAAUGGCUCUGAUGUGACUGUGUGGCGGCCAGCCUUCCCGGUGCAGACUACCACUGCCACCACCACUACAGCCUUCCGGGUCAAGAACAAGCCCCAGGCACCUGCAGGGUCUGAGAAUGAAAUUCCCACACAUGUUUUGCCACCUUGUGCAAAUUUACAGGCACAGAAGCUGAAAUCCAACAUGUCUGGCAGUACACACCUCUGUCUCUCUGAUCGCGAUUAUGAAAAGGAUGGCCUCGCUGGUGCUUCCAGCCACAUAACCACAAAAUCGAUGGCUGCUACUCCUGGCUGUGGUCUGAGCUCACUGCUGGUUCUGGUGGUAACCGCUCUGUCCACCCUAUUAUCUUUAUCCUGGGCGGAAACAUCGUAGCUGCAUUGGAAACACAGUAUGGACAUGUAAAAAAAAAAAAAAAAGACAAAAACCAAGUAAUCUGUUUCCUGUCCUCUUGUAUAUCUGAAAAUCCAGUUUUAGGAGCUCAGUUGAGAAACAGUUUCAUCUAACUGGAACUUUUUUUUGUUUUGUUUUGAAAGAAAGCUUCUUGUGAUCUUAGGGGCUUCUGUGGAAAAGCUGAGGUAGGGCUACAUUCCAGACUCAACAAGGCUGUGGGGCAUGCUGUGUUUUAAGGAAAUGAUUUGUAAAUCAGAGUGUAAAGCAGACCAGGGCCAUGUUUUUGUUUUUGUUUUUUAAAUAAUGAUGAUGGUGGUGAAGAUGAUGAUCAUGGGAUGUGAUGAUGAUUUUAACAGUUUUAACUCUGGCCUUUAUUAGUUAAAGAAUUAGUAUUUCUAAAGAUUCUUCCAUAACUUGUAUAAUGGGCUUUGAUUUGUAAUUAUGUAAACUGUAACCUAAUGUGAAUUACAAGCUUUGUUGUUGUUGUUUUUUUUUAUCCACGAAGUGAAGAAAGUUCUCCUGGACUUUGUGGAAAAAGCUUGUACUAAUGUUCACCUUUCUACGUGUAUUUUCCACGUUAAUGUUUAUGUACUAUAAACAGCUCUGCGUGCCCUCCUACAAAACAGAACAGAAGCACCACCUGCCAUAUCCAAGCGUAGUCUAUCUUAGUCAAAUAGAGACCUGUUCAUCGGUUGACAGUUUUCCUGAGCCCUACCUGAGCGAGAAGCCCUUCUCUAACCAACAGGAGUUGUGAGUAGCUGAAGUCUAAUUGUCAUGCUCUUUACACUUACGAAGUUAUAUGUAGGGGAAACAAUUUUUACUACUCCAUUUCAACUAUUGGCUUUCUAUACUUUGAAAGUAAUGAUGGUAUCUUCAUUUUUUUUACUGGUUUAAUACAAAAUAUGUAGAGCUUGUUUUCCUCUCAUAAGUAGCUCUGGCUCCAAUAUUAACUUCACAAAUACAGCUCUUCAAGCAUAGCCCCUGAGGAGCCUCUGUGUGCCAGCAGAAAGCGCUGCAUCGCUUUGUGUGGACAGACAGGGAGGACACAGAGCGACCGGGCACUGUCUUUUAUCAUGUCUUGAAAUGCAACUGUGUGUAGGUGUGGAACUGGCGGCCGCUUGUGAAGGCUCUGCAGUCUAAAGGCACUCUGGCCAGUUGACAACUCAGUACCUUCGUUCCUGUGUUACCUGCCACAGGCAGCUUUGGUUGAGACAAGGGGCAGGGGAGAGGGGCUGGGGUGGGCAUGUGCUACCUAGUCAUUCACAGUUGAUCCCUGCUACACGUAGUACACGGUUGCUUUCCUAAGGGGUGCCUGGCCUAGGCUUGUGGCCACUCUUUAGAGCAGUUUGGUCUACAGAUCGACAAGAAUCCGCCUGUUUCUUGUUCUGGGCCUUCCAUGAUGGCCAGGCUGUGACUGCAGAAGGCAACGAAGAAGGUUUCUGGAUGGAGAAGGUUGGCAUGAGGUCUGGGGAUGCAAGUGGAUUGACCUAGAUACACAGAAUGGGGUACUCAGGACUUGGAUAAGCCAUCUGGCUUUAUUAGCUGCAUACCAUCUCCCUUUGCUCUCAUUCUUAACUGCACAGACCCUAGAGUGCACUUGAGGUCUGGUUUUAGAUUGUGAGAUUCAGGAUUGUCACCAAUAGUCUAUGCAAUGGUGGGGUGGGGCACUGAGUUUGUCCCACACUGAACAAAGAAGAGGAGAGGGUCUCCCUCCGUAGGGUUUUGGAAACACGAGCCUUCUUGCCACGUGUUCAGGGCUGGAGUGAAGAUCUCCGUGCACGUGAUGGACAAACUCCCCUUGCCUGCUGAGGUUUAUCUUGGAAGAUCUCUGGGGAGGGAAAAAGGAGGAAUCUAUGAACUCUUAGAGAAAGACCCAGGCUUUUAGUUCUUCCAGUAUUUGAAGUACAUUUAUACCCAAAUGUUAAUAAACACAACUGUGAAAUACUCACUACC